AUGGGACCUGAUUCUUCACUUUUCACAGACGAGAAUCAUCAGGUUGAUGGUGAUGUCUCAGUUGAUAAAGGGAAAAGGGUAGCAUUAGAGUGUGAUGAAUCAAACAGUGAAUACCAACCUGACUAUGAAUCUAGUGAGUAUGAUAUGUUGGUUGAUAGUGAUUAUGAAAGUGAGUAUGAUAACAUGUUGUAUGAUAGUUAUAUUGAUAAUGAAGCUGAAUGGACUGGUUUGAAUAGUAAUAGGCAGAAAGAAACAAUAACAGACAAAAGGCAACAGUUAGAACUCAGUGAUACAGAUGGUGAUUUUGAGGAGAUUUUAAGCUGCUUCAGUUCAUCUGAUGGAGACAAUCAUGCAAGAAAACAUCAAAAAUUUGAAGUAUUUAGGGCAGAAAAUGGCAUAACUGAUCAAAACCAGGAUCCUACUAGUUAG